GCGUGCGGCCCGCCCUCAGUUAGCCACCGGACCUUGGAGCGUGCAGUUGUCCGUAGUUAGUAGGAGCGGGAGUCGGCGCGUCACCUGAGUCGUUUCUCUUCAGAGUCUUUAGGUAUACCAGACUUGUCUACGCCUCUCGUCCCCUCCCAGCAUCUGAACGGGAGCCGGGCUCUCUCCCCUCACCUUCGAGGCAGCCCUGCGAAAGAAAGGGAGGCAGGAUGGAGUUCAAGCUGGAGGCGCAUCGUAUCGUCAGCAUCUCCCUGGGCAAGAUCUACAACUCUCGGGUCCAGCGCGGCGGCAUCAAACUGCACAAGAACCUGCUCGUCUCGCUGGUCCUGCGCAGCGCCCGCCAGGUCUACCUGAGUGACCCGUGCCCGGGCCUCUACUUGGCCGGUCCUUCGGGGAUCCCGGCGGCUGCGUUGCCGCCGCCGCCGCAGCCCGGGGAGCCAGCGGCCGGGGAGGAGGAGGAGGAGGAGGAGGAGGAGGAGGAGGAGAUGGAGACCGGUAACGUGGCUAACCUCAUUAGCAUCUUCGGUUCCAGCUUCUCGGGACUCUUGCGGAAAAGCCCCGGGGGCGGCCGGGAGGAAGCCGAGGGAGAGGAGAGCGGUGCGGAAGCCGCCGAGCCCGGGCAGAUCUGCUGCGAUAAGCCGGUGCUGAGAGACAUUAACCCUUGGAGCACAGCCAUCGUGGCCUUCUGAGCCCCCGGGUCCCGUUCGGAAGGAGAUUGAGCGGCGGGUGACCCCGAUGUGGGGCCGCAAGGACGGCCCGGAGACCGCAGGCGCUGGGCGCGUUGCGGGGACCUUGGGUGCCGCCGGGCAGCACCGACUGCCCUCGGGCUCGGCGGCCUCCCCCUCGAGGCUUGCGGAAGAGGACGAUCCUUAACUUUUGUGUAGUGUUCUGUCUGUGUACGUACGUCUGUUUUGUUGAAUUAAGACCGUUUUGUCCUUCUGGAAUGCACCACCCCUUUCCCAGGGCUUGAGGAGAUCGGGGGCAGACGGGGACUUUCCUGUGCCAGCAGCACCGAGGGGGAAGCGGCGGAGGAGCUGGGGCUGGGGAGUUCCCCUUUCGUGCCCGGGGGCGGAAGGGACUUUACACACGCCCCUCACAUGAAAGCUAGCCCCGCACCGGGGCCGGGAGUGGCAUUUCCUCCCAGGAUUUCCUCAGACUGGAGGGAUUUAGUCUGGAGCAGAGACCUGUAUUAUUUCGCUCUCCCACCUUUCCAUCUCCUUGAAGAGACUUCCGUACCCUGUGAUUACUCUGGGAAAAGGGAAUCCAGCGGCUCUUGUCUUCCCCACAGGGAAAGAAAAAAAUAAAAAGCUUGAUGAACUUCACAGAAGAGUUCAAGCUUGGAAAUAUGGAGUUUAUAGAGAAUAGAUAUAUUUUUAAAAGCUCUAGAUCAGAACUACUACACAGUGCUUUUGAAAAGUGUUUAACGAAACAAAGUUUACAGACAGAAGCCCUAAGUGGAAAGACCUUAUGGUUUUGUAGAUCCGGUGACUCCAGUCUUUGUUGUAUAAAGGUUGGGGGAGCUGACAAGGUUUUUGUACAGUAUUUUCUCCUUCGUUGUAUUGAUUUUUGUAUAAAAACGUUAACUCUACGUGUCUGACACGUAUUAAAUAUUUUGAAGCAACUUAA